AUGACGGUAACGGUGACAAAGCUCGAAGCCCAUCUGGCGAGCCGUUCGUACGUCGAGGGGUAUACUCCCUCUCAAGCCGACGUACAUGUUUUUAAAACGAUCGGCUCUGAACCCUCUGCCACGGAGUUCCCUAACUCUGCACGUUGGUACAGGCAUAUUGCCUCAUACAGUGCUGAACAUGGCUCACUCCCGGGAUCAUCAACUGCCGGUGAGGCCUUUACAAAAAGCGCUGCCGCCGUUGGAGGUGCAGCGAAACCUGCAGAAGACGAUGACGACGUUGACCUCUUCGGAUCGGACGAGGAGGAAGAUGAAGAGGCUGAGCGCAUCAAGGCCGAGCGUGUCAAGGCUUACGAAGAGAAGAAAAAGAGCAAACCUAAGGCGGCUGCAAAGUCUGUCGUCACUCUCGAAGUGAAGCCAUGGGAUGACACAACGAAUAUGGAAGAACUUGAGGCAGCUGUACGCAAAAUCGAAAAGGAGGGUCUCGUCUGGGGGGCAUCCAAGUUGGUCCCUGUCGGGUUCGGUAUCAAGAAGCUCCAGGUUACUAUUGUCAUCGAGGAUGAGCUAGUUUCCCUUGACGAGCUCCAGGACCAGAUCCAGGAAGAAUGCGAGGACUACGUGCAGAGCACUGAUGUUGCCGCUAUGCAGAAAUUGUAAGAGUAACCUGCGGAAUGUGCGUUGAUUACAAACAGCAGACUAGACAAUGUUGUACCUGUGGCGGAGAGAUAAGACGCCUUGAUAGAAAACUGUGUACUGUUCUUGCAUGUGUGUGUGUGUUGAUAAAGGAGAGAUGAAACAGCGACG